AACACUGGGCCGACGCUUAUUGUCGUCGGUUUGUUCGAGAAGUGUCUCCUGCGCAAAUACCGCUGAUUUCCCGACAGAGACCUAAGCGAACCUCAGGUGACGAACGCCGAACCCCCCCAAUCACCUAAGGAAGCAUGCCGUCCUCCGCGACCUUCCGCGGACGACGUAGUUCGCGAAUUUCCCUCAUCACUACGAAAGCCGGUCUCCGUAGACACACCUCCCCUCAAACCGCUUCUUCUAAACAACCACUUUUCUAACCCCGAGAAAAAAAGCAGAAGCAAAAAAGUGAGCGAUCAUUGAAAACGGCAAGACACUACUACGAUCAUGUCGGUCGUCGACUGCGUUUCCACUAGUACGAGGUAUCAUCCGAUCGGCAGGCAAGGCAGCAACUCCUUCGACGCCAGCGAAGAUGUGCUCCAGCGUGAGUUUCACGAGAUGUACCGGACGCCUUCAGAAAGGCGAAAACCGGACAAAAAAGGCAAGAAGAAGCGGAGGGAGAGGAAGCGACAGAACAAGAUAGCGGACGUGCAAACAUGGAAGGCACCGUUUCUGGAGAUACGCGGCAAUCCGUCGCCGUUUGCGGUGUUCACCAACGUGCGCCAGUGUAUCCUGGUGAAGCACCUCCGCGACUCCGCCCGCCACUUCUACUGGACCACGUCACCGCAGUCCGCAAUGCCAAAGUCCCUCGACUCGGAUUCGGACGAAGACACCGACUGUCCAAGCGGAGACGGGCCGGACUCCUUCCAGACGGUCCCGCGGAUCGUUGGGGUCGGGCUGUGCGGGGUGUUCGAGCUGAUCCGCGAGAGUCGGUCCGCUCAGCCGGCUUUCUGUCUAGCAGUGUUGCGAGCCCUCUUGGACGUGCUUCAGGGACAACAGCCGGAAGGGUUUCGCUCUGAGCCUCCGGAAGUGGUUGACAGGAUGUUUGACCUGCUGCUGGACAUUGCCGCCAGUCCGCCGCCUUCCGGCGACCGACCGCAGACGAGUGGCCUUGGCGGUCAGGUGUCCUCGCAGCUGACCUCUUACGCCUGCGCCUGUCUGCUCAGUCUGGUCGUGGCCAGGGGGGACACAUCCAAGACCCUGUGUGCCCUGGCCUCCCUCCUCAUGAGCCCGAAGAGUCUGGUGGCCGAGGAGAUACCGAUGCCGAGCAUCCUGAUCGCUUUGCAAAAGAGCGUCCAGGCCGUGCUACUGGGCAAGACUCAGCGGCCGGACUGGCUCACCCACGGGAUCCCGAAGACGGCGCGCUGCGGCGUUUUCCAGCUCCAACUUCCCAAGACAAGCUCAGCGAAGCAUUCGUCACAAGGUCAGUGCUCCGUAGCGUCGGACGGAAAGUACCUGUAUCUCUUCCGGCAAGGGACUCUUCACAAGCUAGGCUCCGGCUUUGGCGGCACCGUCAAGGGAGAACUAAUUGUUAGCCAACGUCUGGACGGUGCCGGCUGGAUCGGCGUUGUGCAGGACUACAUUUAUGCUCACCACUCAUUAGGACAGACGAAUGAGUUUUUGAAGGUGAACAAGAACAGCCUUGAAGUGGAGGAGGUUGUCACCAUUGAGGAAGAAGCGAGUCAGAACGUCUACUUCAGUGAUGGCGACUCCUUGGGCGUCAUCACAUCGACAAAGGAUGAUGGCUUCGUGAUCCGGACAUUCCGUCCUUCAUCGCCCGUCAUGAGUUGCUCUGCCGAGCUCAACCUGAAACUGGCUCGCAAGUGCGUUGAGAUCUUCGGUUCCGGCGUGUUUCCCGAAGAUCCCGAAGACCGUCUGCUAAACCUUGGCAUGGAUGAGGAGCCGGCAUUCAUCACCAGCGGCAAGGAUUUUGCACUGGUCAAGACUGUCUCUGGAAAAGUGCUGUACACAGGCAAGGCUCAGAGUCUGGGCAUCAAGCAGGGCGGCGGCUCCGCGGUGGGCAAAUGGGCGGAGCUGCCCAUCACCAAGUGCCCCAAAAUGGCGGACCUGUCCGUGGGGCACGACGGCAUGCACGCCAUCUUGCUGUCAGAAAACGGUGCCGCUUUUUUCGUUGGCCUGGCGCGCCGGGGAGAGGACGGGGACACCGGCAAAGGCAGGCGACAGCCCAAGCCUGUGAAGCCAAAGAAGAUGUUCAAGAUGGAGGGUCAGUGCAUCGUGGCCUCUGCAUGCAACAACGGCACAAGCGCCCUCGUCAGCCGCGACGGGGAACUCUUCCUCUUCGGCAAGGACUCCGCCCACACCGACCACAACACCGGCCUGGUGACGGACAUGAAGGACGUUCAGGUGGCGCAGGUGGCACUGGGCAAGGCGCACGUGGUGGCCGUCACCGUGGAAGGCCACGUCUACACCUUUGGCAUCAACCACCGGGGGCAGUGUGGCCGGGAGUUUGCCUACCCGCCGGGAAAAGAAGCCGUGGUCCACCCAAUGGCCCUGGUGGUGGCCGGGUCGGCUUCUGCGGCCGGCUCGGCAGCCGCCUCUCGAUCCGGAUCGCUGUCGGCCGCAGUUGGCGGCGACGAAGAGGACGAGGAGCUUGAGUCUGAGGAGCAGGAGGUUGUGUGUCCGCCUGGGAGGCACCGCUGGAAGCAUGACCACUGCAUGGUGUGCACCGUGUGCGGGGAGUGCACGGGCUACGGCGCCAGCUGCAUCGCCAGCGGAAGGCCCGACCGCAACCCGGGACUGCUCUGCGGCUGUGGCGCGGGUGACUCCGGUUGCGAGGAGUGCGGCUGCUGCCGGAGCUGCGCCCGCGAGGAGCACUACGAGGCCGAGCUCGCAGCCUGGGGACGCGUGGCCGCUGCUCCGGGGGUUGGACCCAACGGAGUCGGGGCAGCCGGGGCCGGCGGAAUGCCGCUAGACAACAAGCAAGCCAAGGUCAUCAUCUUCGACAUGCGAUACGGAGGCCGCGUGGGGGCCCGGUUGGAAGACAAGCUGCGGCGCAGCAUCGAGGAGUACCGGUUCCACCACCGGCGCAAGCAGUCCACCCACGGGCUCAAGAUGGUGAAGGGGGCGGCGGCGGGGCCCCUGGCGGGGGCUUUCCGCUGCUCAGGCCCUUCGCUGGGGGGCGCCGACGUACAAGACAGGGCCGCCGGAAGCUCCCUGUUGGCGGAAGAUGCGGUGAGCAGUGACCACGAACGUGAGGCGUCCAAGCUCACCCUUCUCCCGCCGGCGCAACUCCACCUGCCCGGGAACCACUCCGUGGUGCAGGCGGCCUGCGGCAUGCACCACACAGUGCUGCUGCUGCAGAACGGUCAAGUGUACACAUUUGGCAGCAACCAGCACGGGCAGCUUGGUCACGGCGACCUUGUGCUUCGGGGAACGCCGAGGCCGGUGCAGUCGUUGCCGACGGCGACGCAGGUGGCAGCGGGCAGCAAUCACUCUGUGUUCCUCACGGCCUCCGGUCAGGUGUUCACGUGCGGGGCCUAUCAGAAAGGGCAGCUGGGGAGGGUCGGUGCUCAAGCAGAAGAUGGGACGUCCCGCCGGCGGAGUAGCCACGAGGCCCAGCCGUGGCACGCGAGCCCGGGCCCCGUGCCAAGCAUCGGGGUGGAGCAGGGCCGCAGGGCCACCUGGGUGGGCGCCUCGGGGGACCACACCUUUGUCAAGGUGGACGAGUUCCUCACCAGCGCCAGCAGCCUGGCACAGUGCAGCAUCGUGGCCAACCGGAGCUGCGUGGGGAUAAUUUCGAGGGAUGCGGAACAGUCGUCCAAAUUCAAAUGUCUGAUGAUCAACCGGGUGGACGGAAGCUGUAAAGGGUACAACUCUGCGGAACAAAUGGACCUGAGGAAUCACGCAACCUGCCUGGACAGCGUCUACAACGUGCUUUGGAGCGUGAACCAGACGACCCUGGAGCUGAGCCACCACAGCGUGGUGUGGAGCGAAGCAGUGCCGCUGUCCACUUCCCCGGACGGACUCCCCGCCGACGGCAUCCCGCCUUUCCUCGGGCCCGAGAUGAGCCUGCCCGGGGUGCCCAACCAUCCCGUGGGGCGCUGCCAGGCCGCCCUCAACCUGCUCGGCUGCCUGGACGUGCUCACAGCUGCUCAGGAAAAAGACGUUCGGGUGCGGGAGGACGCCGAGAGGGCGCGCCACCAGAGCCUUUCGCGCGUUUACACCCGGGAGGACUUUGCGGCCGUCAACCGUUUCGAAAGUCAUGGCGGCGGAUGGGGCUACUCCGGACAUUCGGUCGAAGCCAUUCGUUUCAUGGCGGACACGGACAUUCUUCUUGGGGGUGUCGGACUCUUCGGAGGUCGCGGGGAGUACACGGCUCGGAUCAGGGUAUUCGACAUCGGCACGGAGGGUGGCGACCAAGAAACAGACGGCGAACUCUUGGCCGAAACUGAAGAAAUUCCUUACGAGUGCGGUGCAAGACACAAGUACCCGAUGCUGUUUGAGGAACCGGUCCUGCUACAGGCCAGCCGCUGGUAUGUGGUCUGGGCGCACAUCUCCGGCCCCAGCAGCGACUGCGGUUCGAGCGGGCAGUCCGUGGUUACCACCGAAGACCAGGUGGUAUUCUACUUCAAAAGUUCAAAAAAGUCUAACAAUGGGACGGACGUCAAUGCUGGCCAACUUCCACAGCUGCUUUACAGGGUGAUCACACCAGACGUCCAGACAUCCAACCAGACCAUGGAUCAGUCCGAGUCCAUCACCAUCCUGAGCUACAAGUUUUCCCGGACCGUUACUCCGGAGUGCUUCCAGUCCAUCCUGAAGCUGCUCCACUGGAGCUGGAAGGCUUUGAAGGCCGGACUUCGCGAGGUGUCCGAGAGCUCGGCCUCGGUCGGGAGAGCUCUGCUGCCCGACCUGAGGCGCCUGCUGUACAUCUGCGUGGCUUCCCUGCACCUCCUGCGCAUCUACAUCAACGAGGUCUACCCCGCCGGACCAGCACCGGUCAGGAAGAUACCCCCUGAGUCUGCUCGCAUGGCCGAGUGCGUGGCGGACACACAGGCCUUGCUCCGGCGCAUCCUCUCGGACGGAGGCGCCGUGGCAGUGGUUGCCGACUUCCCGCCGGGGUCCUGCCCGGAGCUGCAGACGACGCUGGUGGAGGAGUGCGAGGCGGCCUUCAUGGCUUGCUACCAUGCCUUCUACCCCAGCACCCUGCUCAAGUGGAGGGGGCUGUGCGACCUCCUCUCCGAGCCCGCCGUUCUGUGGUCGGCCGAGAACAGCGAUCGCCUCCUGGCGGCCGUCCUUGCUUCGCUGUGCUCCCCGACGGGCCAGCUGACUUUCCUCCUCCCCCCGAGCCUGGAGCGGGACGUGCCUCCGCGGCCGUGCUCCGAAGGACUCGGGUCUUCGUCCUCGCCAGACACCCCGGCCUUCUCUGGCCCCGAGCCCCCCCUGCCCGGAUCGUCCAACCCGGCCACGGACUCCUCAGCCAUCUACCCUGUCCUCGUGGAGGUGGCCAUGCGCAGAACAGAGCGGGAAGGGCUGCCUCCGGAGUCCUGCAGCUUCCGCGAAGUCCUCGAGAGGCUCAUGGCCAUCGUUGUUGCUCCCGUGCAGGGCAUCCUGAAGCACGAUGCCGAGAGACCGUCGCCAAAGCUUGUGUCGAGCACGUGUGCAUUCCUCUCUGCGGUUGUGGCUGAGCUCUCGUCCCAGACCAUCGGCUGUGUGGUGGACGUGCAGCGUGCCACCCGCCAGGCCUUGCACUGCACCCCAUCACGCUUUGCCCGUGUGAGCCAGAACCGGACGUGGAACACGGGCAACGGCUCUCCAGAUGCCAUCUGCUUCAGCGUUGACAGGCCUGGUGUGCUCGUCGCCGGGGCCUGCAUCUACGGAGGCGUCGGCAACGAGUGGCACUACGAGCUGGAGCUCCUCGACGACAGUGGAAGUGGAGGCGAUCCGUCCCACACCCAGCGUUGGAAGACCCUGGACGUGAUCCGUGGAACCUUCGGACCAGAGGACUGUUAUGCAGACGUGGCGGAGCUCAAGUUCGACCGUCCCAUCCCUAUCAAGGAGAACACCAAGUACGCAGUGCGGCUGCGCAACCAUGGCGCGCGGACAAACAACGGCGACGGCGGCGUGACCCAGGUUAAGGGCCCGGACGGAACGAGCUUCAGCUUCAGCGACUGCUCACUCAGCUUCAACGGCACCAACCACACCAGGGGACAGAUCCCGCAGAUCCUCUACUACAGCACACCGCUGGACACGGAGAGCCAGCAGGCGUCGAGGGACCUGGUGGAGCUCCAGGCGCGGCGCAACGUGCUGAACAUCUGCGGCACGAUCGUCAAGGCCAGUGCGCAGCUGCUCUCGGAGGCAGCUUCGGAGCAAGACGAUGGCGUGAUAUCGGAGAUUGGAUCUUCGCACCUGAUGACGCAGCUACUUCCGUUGAUUCUGGCUCAUCUGUGUCCCGUGGCGUCGACGGAUGCUCAGAGUGCUGUGGAGGUCCUGGACUUAGUCCAGAAGCUGCUCAAGUGGGUGGCAACAUUGAACCAGCGGGCACCGCCUCCGACGGACCAGCCGGAAACGACUGGCGCCGACGGAACGGGCCCCGUCUUUUACGCCACGGUGGAAAGCGACCAUCCAUACAAGCCGGCUACCGUCUUCGUCUCCAAGGUGAAGUUCCCGCCCAGCGUGCGCUGGAUGUCCCUGGAGUUUGACUCGCGGUGCGGCACAGCGCAAGCCGAGGACGGCCUGCAGCUCUACAUCCCCAGCCGCAAUGACAGGGGCACGCCGCUGAGCCCCCAGUGUACCGCGGCGCUGCGCACCAGCGACGACGCUGAAGAGGAGGACCUCAGUGCCCCCUACUGGCCCGUCCUGAGGAGGUUUGGGGGAGCCCUGGACUGGCCUGCCACUGCCACUAUCUUGCCAGGCAACGAGGUGGUGUUCUCCCUGGAGACUGCGUCGGACUACGUGAAGGACAACAAGGCGAACACGUACGGCUUCCGGUGCCAGGUGACGGGCUACGAGGGGGCCGCCCUCUCCCCGUCGGGCGGCCUCUCCCACCUGGAGAAGGAGCUUGCCUACCUCGGCGGCAUGUGCGCCUCUUCCCUGCUCAGGAGGGACCUGAUCCUCCCGACUGUGUUGCCCAGCGAGAUGGAGGAAGACAUGGAACUGGCCGAAUAUCUCGCGCAUCAGGCCCUGAGUGGUCACUCCGCCCUGCUGUCCCGGGGCUUUGCCUUGGCCCACCUGCCGACGAUCCAGCAGGCCCUGGAAGGCAGCCUCUCCCUGGGGGGCGACCGGUCCAACGAGCGGCCCUUCCUGCGGGACUUUGUGGCGUGCAGCGGCGCGUCCACAAGCGGGGGCCGCCUGGCGCGCUGGCUGCAGCCCGAGUGCUGCGUGGACCCCCGCCAGUGCGAGCUUGUCUGCAGCCAGGAGGAGCUGCGCUGCGGCUGGCCCUCCGUCGUUACCGUGCUCACCCGGGACCAGUACGCCCACCUGGUCCACGUGCCCAACAUGAAGGUGGAGGUGAGGGCAGUGCCAAUGAAUGCGUACAACCAGGAGGGUGUGGCGAGCCAAGGCGCAUCCGCCAACCCUGGGGAGCGGGGGGGUCUCCUCACUUUUGGAGGUCACCCGCCUCCGACCCUAGACAUGCCCUACGAAGUCACCGUCAAGGACAAGAUGCUCUACUACGCCAUCACCGUCAUGAAGCCGUACGAGGACUACUCGUUCGAGGAGCUGCGCUACGUGUCUCCGACCAAGAAGCGCCUGACGGAGAACAUGCUGGUGAGGGCCAACGACGACGGCACCUACACGGCCAACUGGACGCCCGGAUCCGUCGGAUGGUACCUGCUACACGCCAUCAUCGACGGCUUUGAGAUCGGGAGCUCCCAGUGCCGCCUGGUGGAGGUGAAGGAGCCCCCCCAGGGUUUGGUGAUCCCAUCCAAGAGCAGUACCCAGAAGUCGUCCCACCAGCCCAACAGGAUGAGGAAGUUCUUUGCCAAGUACAGCGCCGGACUCCGGAUUCGAAGCCACCCGUCUUUGCAGAGCAAACAGAUCGGAAUCGUCCAGAUCAACGGGACGGUCACCUUUGUGGACGAGCUGCACAAUGACGACGGGGUCUGGGUGCGCCUGAGCCCCGAGACCAUCAAGACGUACUGCCACAACGGAUACUCCGAAGCCUGGUGCCUGCAGUACAAUCAGCACUUGGGCAAGACACUCCUGGUUCCCAUCGAGGAGUCUAAAUCAGUGCUGGAGGAGUUCUUCAGCGACAAGGUAGCACUGAAGAAAAAAGAGGAGCUGAAGGAGCAGCAUAUUCAGCAACAGCUUCAUCAGCAACAAGCCCAACAGCAGCAACACCAGCAGCAACAGCACCAACAGCAACAGAUGAUGAGACGGGGGCCUGGCAUGUACCAAGUGGUCCGGUGUGGCGCAUCUGGUCACAACAUUCGCAGCAAGCCCAACCUCAAAGCGCCACCCGUCGGCAUGCUGGUCAUGGGAAGCACGGUUGUCGCCCUGGAAGAAGUCGCCAACGCGGAGGGCGUCUGGCUCCGUCUCAGCCGAGACAGCAUGCAACAGCAUUGCUUCAGUGCCGAGGGCGAGGCGUGGUCGUUGGCGCGCACCUCCUCCCUGGCGCCUGAGGUGGUGUACCUGCGCCAUGAGUCGGAGCUGAUGCAGUCGGGCGACAGCGACGAAGAGGCGGCGCCAGCCAAGGAUGGUGCGUUGAACCACGUGGCUGCCUGGACCGGACCGAAAGGCUACGCAUUUACCGUUCCUGCCGGAAACUCAGAGAGGAACGCAGCCGGGGCCGGCAGUGCGUCGGUUCAAGGGCUCUUCACCUUUGGAAGCGGAACAUCCGAUCCGGAGGGCGGGUCCUCUGGAUCUGCGAGUCCUUUUGUUUUUGGAUCACCAGCGUCUACUCCGUCCACUUCGACCAACGCGCUCGCCGAGUCUGAGCGCACCGAUCCGCUGUCGGAGCGUUCUGACCCGCCCACCUCGAGCGGAUCUACAUCCGGCCCAGCCCCUCAUCACCCCCAGCCUCGCCAUUGGACCAGGACAGACUCCCCGCCCCCUCCUGUGCGGACGCUCCCUCCCGAGCUCCGUGGAGUCUCGGUCCGCGACUUGGUCCGCGCCAUCGGAGAGAGCCGAGCCAAUGGCAACGGAGUAACUCCGCCCGGAACGCCGCCAAGCACUCCGCCUGUCCGUCGGCGCCGGUCGUCUGCUACCAGCCCCAGUCCGGCCGCGAAUCCGGUCCUGCAUCCGGUCACCAUUCCGGCCCUCCGGCCAAGUCCGAAGUCGGCUGUGGCGACGUCUAGUCCCGUUCCGAUUCCUGGCACGGGAGCCAUUGCAAUCUCUUGUUCGGAUCCUGCGGUUGGAGGAGGGCUGGACGGCGUCGGCGGGAGUCGUCGCCAUGGCGACGGAAUGGGGUCGCAGGGGUCGCAGGGCAGCUGGGGAGAGUCUAUGUCUCCAAUCAGGCCCCCGGUCCCACUACCACGGCGUGGGUCGGUGCAAAGCGAGGGCAGCGUCAGCUCGCACUUGGGUAGCUUCUUCCGCGAGCUCAGGGACACCUCCACGACGGGCUGCAUCGGCUGUAUCACGCAGCGCACCACGGACAGCCCGCUGAGCACUCCCGGCACUCCCAAGAAGGAGAGUCUCUCGCCCACGGCGUCGUUGAAGUCCUUCACCCAGACCGGCACCCAGACUAGCCCCGAGGGCUCCAGUGUACGGGGCCACUUCAGCAUCGGCAGCGGCGGCAGCAGCAGCGCAGGCCGCGACGAAAGCCCCCGCGUCUCCCCGAAGACCUCCCGCCGGGAUCGGACCGGCGCCGGAGGGAACGCCCGUCACCCGCUCCGUAGCAAGCGGGAGCGUGCUCUUCCGGCCGAGCCGUCGGAGCGAACGCCUGUCUCGGAGCCGUUCCGCCAGGGCACGUCGCCGUCGGUCGCCGAGUGCUUGCGCGCCGUGUUUGCGGCCUUCCUCUGGCACGAGGGUGUGGUCCACGACGCGAUGGCGUGCGCCUCCUACCUCAAGUUCAACCCGGACCUGCGGAAGACGAUGACGAAGAGACCGCCCACGGCCGCUUCCGCAUCUGCCGCGGUUCCGCUCACGCGAGAGCAGAAGGCCCGCUUCCGACACUCAGUGGAAGUGACCGCUCCAAGCUUGCUUCACCUGCAACAGCUCGAAACAAUGCCGCCGUCCGGAGAACCGCUCAACGAGAACAUCAAAUCCAAGCGUGCCUUCCCUCCAGCGGCGGUCACGGACGCGAGUCCGACGCGAGAAGACGCAGUCUCGGAUCUCCCACGAGCAUUGCGGUACCUCGUGCUCCUGUGGGACCAGGUGACGAGCGCCUGCACGCAGGCCAUCAAAGAGCAGCUGGUCCUCCCGAGCCUCUUCGCGGGGAGCAAGACGUUCCAACGGAUCGAGCGGGCGUUCGUCCAUGGCUCGGAGCGACGCAAGACCAAGAAGAAGCGGGACUACCGCCCGUCAGCUCCAAACGCACGCGGUGCUGUGGCGCCUCUUGGUGCACAGGGAAGCAUCGGGGAGCGGGAGAUGGUGUGCGAGCUGUGUGGGAUGGUGUGCACGCACCCGGUCACGUACCACAUGCGGCAGGCGCACCCGGGCUGCGGAGACCACGCGGGAGGCAAGGGCUACAACAGCGCUGGCCUCUUCUGUGGUGGAUGGGCAGGCAACUGCGGGGACGGCGGCGUGGCCAGCAGCAGCUGGUACCUUGUCUGCGACCGGUGCCGCGAGAAGUUCCUCCGCCAGGCCGGAGCCACGACGGCGCACCGACGGUCCUCCGGCUCCGGACGACGCGCCGCCUCCUCUUCCGUGGCGGCGGCUGCGAGGCUACUUUCCCCGACCGCACAAGACGACGUCCACCAGAACAUGAAGAGCAACGCCGUGUUCCUGCUCGAGCUCUCUAGCUCGGGGCCGAGGUCGCGGCGUUCAGGGCUGCCCAGCCUGUCGGAGGGGGACACUCCGAUGCCGUCAAAUCCAUUCGCGGCCACGGGGCCGAUCCAGUUCUUCAACACACUGGGUGCUGGCGUCCUCAACGGACCCGCGCUUGGUUUCGGGGAGGACUACCUGCCGCCGGAGCCGGGGGCUUCGAGUUCGCAGGCCAUUGAAAUCGAAGCCGAAUCCGCGGCCGCCCUCAACGGGAACGAAGCGGUGGCGGAGGACAACUUUGCGGGAGAUGAGGCAGGGUCGUACCCCGCGACCGGGGGCCGUGAGGGCGCUCGGGCGUUUCACCGCUCGGUGUCGGUGGGGCUGACGCACCUGGACUGGACGGAGCGGGACCUCAUGGAGAUGGCCGUGCAGGAGGCCAGGGCAGCGGUCGUGCCGCGGAAGCGGAACAACAGCAGCGGAAGCGAGGGGGUGUCUUCCAUUUUGUGCCAGCCGUCAGCGGCCCUCACCAAGCUCGUCUCCUCCGAGCUGGACUCCUCGGCGGCGGACCUGACAAUCCAACGGCCCGUGAUGCAGUUUGUGCUGCAGCGGCACGACCUGGACAGCAUGCGUGUGGCGAUUCAGCAGUCGCUCCGUAAGGCAACCUGCCGCGUGUACGCCAUGCAGGCCUUCAACUGGCUCCUGCGCAAUGUGACGCAACCAACGUGCCUGCACGAUCUGCUCUGGUGUCUGGUGGCGGCGUUGUCGCCUCCCGCACCCGAGCGACAGGAGGAGGACGCCGAGGCCAAGGACGACCUCUCCCAUCGGAAGGACGUCGGCGGCGCCGAGCUGGACAGGGAGGCCCCCUGCGAGCACCCACUGUCAGACAUGGCCCUGGCAGGGGAGGCGUGCUGCGGGCCCCUGCGAGCGUCCUUCCACGCGCUGCUCCAGACGGUGUCGGACCUGAUGGUGUUCCUUCCGGCGGGCGCCGCGCUGCAGCAGAUGGCGAUGCAGUGCUGGCGGCUGCGCUUCCUGCCCUCGGACCACGCCUUCCUGCACCGCAGUCACGUCUUCUCCAACAUCUCGCGCAUCCUCUCGCACUCGGAGGAAGAGGCCGCCACAGGAGGAGACCUCGCGGCACUCCCGGUGGCAGCGCCAACGGCGGAGCCAGGCGCGGCGGCCCAGGCCUUGACCACGACGAUCGAGGUGCUGCGCGACCUGACCCCCAUGACCGAGGUGAAGGCCUCCAGCCGGCAGGCCAUGGCCAACAGCCUGAGCGACAACUCAACCGAGACCUUCUGGGAGUCGGGGGACGAAGACCGCAACAAGACCAAGCUGCUCACGCUCAGCUGCCCGCCCCAGGCGCGCCCCACCAUGGUCUGCGUCCACGUCGACAACUGCAGGGACCUUGCCAAUAAAGUGAACAGCAUUACCUUCAAGUUCGGUUCUAACCAGGAAGAGAUGCAAAAGCUGAAGCAGCUCGAAGUGGAGAGCCGCUUUGCCGGCUGGCUGAGCUGCAUUCUGCCGGAGAACGGCCGACUGCCGGCCGGCGUCGGGGCCACCGGCUGCGUCUGGCGCCUGGAGCUGCGGGGCCCCGACAACACGCUGCGGCUGCGCCAGGUGAAGGUGCUGGGCCACGGGGUUGGUGGAGGACCUGACCCUGAGCCCCGGGGAGACUGCCGCUCCUUGCGCAUCCAGCAGCGCAACUGCGAGGCAGAAACCCUGCGUGUCUUCCGCCUGCUCACCUCCCAGGUGUUUGGCAAGCUCCUUGGGGGAGAGGGCGAGGAGGAAGAGGCGGCCCAGCCGAGGCAGUCAGCGGCCGAAGAGGCGGUCAGCCCCGAGCGCCCCGAGACCAGCAACGACCUCAAGGAACACAUGGUCGGCAUCCUAUUCAGCCGCAGCAAGCUGACUCACCUGCAGAAGCAGGUGUGCUCACACAUUGUGGCCGCUCUGAAGAAAGAGGCGUCGCGCGUCAGGGAGGAGUGGGAGGCCCUGCUUUGCAGCGGAGACGUUCAGGGGUGUGGCACCACUCCCCGUGCGGCACCGGAAGGGGUAUCGCUCCGACACCACGCCGGCAGCAGCGGUGCCGCCGCCGCCACAGUGCGCGUGGUGGGCGCGCCCGCCUCCGGUGGAGACACCUACUGCUUCGAGAUGCUCUCCAUGGUACUGGCACUGAGUGGUUCAGCUGUUGGGAGAGUCCACCUCUCACAGCAGGCCGGACUACUCCGGGACAUCUUCAGCCUGCUGCACACGGGCUCAGCACGGGUGCAGAGACAGGUGAGCGCUCUGCUCAGGCGCAUCCUGCCCGAGGUGCCACCGCCAGUGCUGGCCACCAUCUUGGGUGUCCCGGGACUCCCGCCCAGCGAAUAUGGGGUGCCGCCCGCCACCCCGGACGGCGAUACCGCCGGGGCCACCGAACUUGGCGGUGCUGGCGCGUCUCCGCUGGACAUGCAUCGCGCCGGACUGCUGGACGUCUUGUUGGCAUGUGUGGCCAAGGCCCUGACGGUGCAGGCCAAGGCCAAGGGUGGCCGGGGUGCCGCGACCACCUUGGCCACUUCAAUCCACCCUAGGGACCCCCUUGGCGCCCGCUGGUGGCUCAGGGGCUCGGUGUCCCGGAAGCUGGCGCAGGGGAUUGUGGCGCUUCUCAGGGACAUGGCUGCCGGAAAGCUGACAGAACCAUGGGCCAGGGUGACCAAAGGUGCCAUCGCGGAGAACAUUCUCAACUUCACCAAGAUCGACGAGAAGUACAGGACUCCCACUGAGUGCCUCAAGACACCUACGCUUUGGCUAGCGCUGGCUUCGCUGUGCGUGCUUGACCAAGAGCACGUGGACCGGCUCUCCUCCGGCCAGUGGGUCAAAGGCCGCGGCGAUGGGCUCCAAGUGCCUCCGCGGCCGACAUGCGACAACCACGACGACGGGGAGACGCCGGCCAUCAUCCUCUGCAACGUGUGUGGCAACGUCUGCGCUGACUGCGAUCGGUUCCUCCACUUGCACCGACGCACCAAGACACACCAAAGACAGGUCUUCAAGGAGGAGGAAGAGGCCAUCAAGGUGGACCUGCACGAGGGCUGUGGCCGCACCAAACUCUUCUGGGUGAUGGCCCUGGCCGACUCCAAGACCCUCAAGGCCAUGGUGGAGUUCCGAGAGGCCACCAGGGGCAAGUCGGCAUCGGCGUCGACGGGUGGCGUCUGUCGGUUCUGCGGCGCUCCGGGGGCCACCGGCCUCCUUUCUUCUGGGAACGUCUGCUCGGACUGUCGGGAUCAUGCGGCAAACGCCUGCUCCAAGACGCACCUGUGCGGCCACCUGUGCAACGGCAUUCGGGGCGAGGCGUCCUGCCUGCCCUGCCUCCACGGCUGCAGCACGGCCAGGGGUCUACGGCAGGACGCGGACGACAUGUGCAUGAUCUGCUUCUCGGAGGCGCUCUCCUGCGCCCCGGCCAUUCAGCUGUCUUGCGGCCACGUGUUCCACUACCACUGCUGCAAGACCGUGCUCUCUCGGAGUUGGUCAGGACCCCGAAUCACCUUCAGCUUCUCUCUUUGCCCCAUCUGCAAGGCCCCGAUGGAACACGGCAUCCUGAGAGAUCUCCUGGAGCCGAUCCGUGCCCUGUUCGAGGACGUCCAGCGCAAGGCGCUCAUGAGGCUAGAGUACGAAGGGCUGCACCGGGCGGAGGCCAUCACCGCUCCAGGCGCACGCUUCCACGGCGACCCCGCCGGCUUCGCCAUGGAGCGGUACGCCUACUACGUCUGCUUCAAGUGCAAGAAGGCGUACUACGGUGGUGAGGUGAGGUGCGACGUGGAGGCCGGUCCCGUCGACGACUACGACCCCGCGGAGCUGGUUUGUGGUGCCUGCUCAGACAUCUCAAGGGCUCAGAUGUGCCCCAAGCAUGGGACGGACUUCCUGGAGUACAAGUGCCGCUACUGCUGCUCCGUGGCAGUCUUCUUCUGCUUCGGAACGACGCACUUCUGCAACGCCUGCCACGACGACUUCCAGCGGGUUGCCAACCUGCCCAAGCAGCAGCUCCCUCGCUGCCCCGCCGGUCCCAAGGCCAAGCAACUAGAAGGCGAGGAGUGCCCUCUUCACAUCAAGCAUCCGCCUACGGGGGAGGAGUUUGCACUGGGCUGUGGAGUCUGUCGAAACGCGCACACCUUCUGAGCGCCGCUUCAAGAUGUGUUCCCCCCCCCUCUGGUCAUGUAUCAUAUUUGAAUACAAGUUUAGGCACUGUG